AUGGCGGCUCAGCGCGUGGACGGUCGUGUGGGUAAACCCUGCGCACGCGCGUCCAGCCCGGCCCAGAUCGCGCAGCGGCGUCAGGCGCGCGUCACUGUCAAGUACGACCGCCACGAACUCCAGCGCAGACUGGACACGGAGCAGUGGCUCGAGCACUCGCUGCACGAGCUCUACAGAGGACAGGAGCAGCUGAUGCCCGACGAGGUGAACAUCGACGAGCUCCUGGAUCUGAAAACAGACGAAGAGAAACGCACAAGACUCAAGGAGAUUCUUCAGUCGUCAAACAACAACACUGAGACGUUUAUCGGUGAGUUGUUGUUGAAGCUUCAGGGUUUACAGACUCAGGAGGAUCUCCACAACAACGGGAUCAAACACACCCACAGCCACAUCUGCUCCACCCGGGCCUCUUCUACAGACAGGGACGUACAGGUGUAAAGAACAAGCACACCCCCAUAACCUCUCCUCCUCCAACCACAGGGACGCACAAGUUUAGAAAUGAAACACACCCUGAGCUCCGAUGGAAAUGAAAUAUUUUAAGUGCUCUUCUGCUCCUCUGCUCCUCCUCUGGCUCUCUCCUCUCUCUCUUUCUCUCUCCUCUGCUCCUCUU